CCGCCCCGUCGGCGAGCGGCGGGCGCGGGGAGCCGGGCGGCGGCAGAGCCGUGGGUCGCGCCAUGCUGCCCGCCGCGCUCCGCCGCUGGCUGCGCCGGCCCAAGCGCUCCGACCCCCGCCUGCUCUCCCAGUUCUUCUUUGCUGACGAGAGGGUGACGCAGGUGGUAGCCGAGAUCAACGGGCUGGAUGCUGAGCUGGACCCGCAGCAGUACCUGGUGCUCCUUAACCAGCUCCACCUCAGCCAGGCUCACCUGCUGGCCGUCCUGGAGCAGAUCAUGGAGGAGUGCAUCCCCACACAGCGACACAGCCGUGACUACCUGGUGAAGUUCCCUGAGGAGCUCUUGGUGGACAACCUGGGCAACCACAUGCUGUUCGCUGCCGAGGUGCUGGCUCCUGAUGGCCUCGGGUCCCAGCAGUGUCUCUUGGCCGGGACCUUCCUGGAGGUGGAGGAGGCGGACAGGGCCCAGCUGCGGCCCCAGGCCAGGAAGCUGCUAUGCAGCCUGGAGCUGGUGCGGACGGUGCUGCGGGAGCAGAGCCUGAGCCAGCCUGGCUCCUACCCCGAGCCUGUCCAGGCUGCACUCAUCCAGUUCGACCAGCUCUUCGCGGAGUUCGAGCUGAGCUAUGUGUCCUCACUAGUGGCAGUGAAGUCACCCGAGGAGAUCUACAGGCAGCAGGAGAUCAUCGUGCUCUUCUGUGAGACGGUGGAGAGAGCUCUGCGCCUGGGCUACCUGACUCAGGAGAUGAUUGAUGGCUACGAACCGCUGCUCAUGUUCACCAUCCCUCGCCUGGCCAUUAUCAGUGGCCUCCUCAUCUACCCUGAGGGUCCCCUCAGCCUGGAGCAGAGCCCUGAGCAGAUGUCCCGGGUCUUCAGCCCCUUUUACAACCUUCUGAAGAAGAUCAGGGACCUGCUGCGGGUGCUGUCGGUGGAGGAGCUCUGCCUGCUGGAGAGGAGCCUGUGCACAGCUGAACCAGAGGAUCACUGCGGUCCAACCACCCCCCCAGCCUGGGGGGCAGCUGUGCCCAGAGCAGACCCCACUGCUCCCUGGGGUCUCCUGGAGGUCCCCUGCACCCCCCCACCCCCCCACACCUGCACGACGCGGCUAGGACCCCCCGGCUCAGUGGACGACCCAGGCACCGAUUGGCGGUGGGGCCCCCAGCCCCCCGGGAGCAGCCCAGGGACAGAGCUCAAUGCCACGGGUGCCCACUGCUCAGAGCUGCGCUCUCACUACAGCAGCACCAAGGACAUGUUGCACACCCUCUUCGUCUGCAUCUCGGGCGUGGCUGAUCAGCUCCAGACCAACUUUGCCAGCGACCUGCGGAGCAUCUUGAAAACCGUCUUCAAGAUCGUUACCUCACAGGCAGAGCCCUCGGAGGAGCCGAGUGCCAGCCAGGAAGAGAACGGUGACCCAUGUGUGACAGAUGCUCCCCGUGUGGCUGACUGCCCCCUGUGCUCCAGCCCUGCGGAGGCUGCUGGACUAUGGAGGGCAGGUGCCCGCCGCCUGCCCGAGUGGGUGCCGGACAGCACGUGCAGCCAGUGCUCUGCCUGCAGCUCACCCUUCACCCUGCUGCGCCGCAGGCACCACUGCCGCAGCUGCGGGAAGAUCUUCUGUGCCCGCUGCUCGCCGCACACCGCAGCACUGCCGCACUACGGCCAGCCAAAACCCGUGCGUGUCUGCACCCACUGCUAUGCCACACACCUCCCACCCGUCCCCCGGCGUGACCGGAGCCGGUGAGGGCCCCUGUGCCCGACACACGGCCACAAACCGCGGGGGGAAAAGGGCUGCGCUGGGGCUGCUGGGCAGCUCCGUGACCCCACGAGUCCCCUUGGGGCUGGGUAGCACAGCGGUGGGACCCCCCGCCAUGGAUGGCGGCCCACGCCAGCGGGGCCAUGGCCGCAGUGGGCACAGGACCGCCUCACCCGAUGCACCGCGGCCGUGCCCGGCUCUCGGCGAGCUGCAUCCCGCUGCUGUGCACCGGCCCCCCGGCUGGGAACGCGCGUGGUGCCGGUGGUUUCUUUUCCAGAUGAACUUUGGUUGCUGUUGGGGCCGGGGCAGAGUCUCCCCCCGCGGCCUGGCCUGAGACGGUGCAAACAGCCCUCACAUGACGGCGGGUGCCGCGGGGCCGUGCCUUGCCAUGCGGUGGCCCCCGACCCAGGGCGGCUGGCCCUCGCCCCCGGGGCCCGGUACCCCCCUCCCCACCACCCCUGCCCGAUGGAUUUUAAUAAAGAGAGAAACCCG